AUGUCUCCCAAACCCGGUUCGGAAUCGGACGUCCUCUGUCCACGACUUUCGUCCCUUUCAAUUAUACACCAGACGGUCGAAUUCACCGAAGAGGCGCUGCUCGAUUUCAUCCGAGCUCGAAGGAACAAAGUGGUCUUGUCGCAGGGGGUGGCUAAAAUCAAGAAGGUCAAGGUCCUGUUCGCAGUCAAUUCGACCGUAUCCAUCCACAAUGGCCAAAAAAGUGGCAGCAAGUCGUGGCCUCUAUUGGCAAAGCUGAAGGACGAUGCCGAUGUUAUACUAGACGACUUGAAGGUGGAGGUUCGUCAUCCUCGAGACAAGGUCAACGAGUACGCUGCUGGGAGAGUAUCCUCAGGUGAAAUGUCUUUGGGAGAGGCUCUCAUGGACCCCAGAAUGUCUUGGUAG